CCGCACUCCUACUUCCCGUCCUGGUUUCCUCUGUGUACACAUCCUUGUGUGGCCGGAAGUAGGAAGAAAAGUCGGUCGGUCGAUUGCUGAGCUUCUGUGUAGGACGAACUCCAGCAAUGGGGAAGAGCUGUAAAGUGGUGUUAUGUGGUCAGCAAUCAGUAGGUAAAACUUCCAUUUUGGAGCAGCUGUUGUAUGGAAACCAUGUGGUAGGAUCAGACAUGAUGGAAACCCAGGAAGAUAUAUAUAUUGGAUCCAUUGAGACCGACCGUGGUGUACGGGAGCAGGUUCGCUUUUAUGACACGCGAGGAUUGAGGGAUGGGACUGAGCUCCCCAAACAUUGCUUCUCAGGGACCGAUGGCUAUGUGCUGGUGUACAGUGUGGAUAAUAAGGAGUCCUUCAAAAGGGUGGAGGUUCUGAAGAAGGAGAUCGACAGAUGCAAGGAUAAGAAGGAGGUCACCAUUGUGGUUUUGGGGAACAAGUGUGAUCUUCAGGACCAGAGACGGGUGGACCAUGACGCAGCUCAGCAGUGGGCCAAGGGCGAGAAGGUGAAAUUGUGGGAGGUCUCGGUGAGCGAGAGGCGUACCCUGAUUGAACCAUUUGUGUUCUUGGGUAGCAAAAUGACACAGCCCCAGAACAAGUCUGCCUUCCCACUCAGCCGGCGGAACAAAGGCAGCGGCUCUCUGGACAGUUAGAGUAGUGUGGCUUCCACUAAGUGAUGUUAUUCUGAAUGGUGAGCAUGAUAUCCCUGCAUGCAGCUCUCUCUUACACUUCCAGGCUUCUGCCCACUCUACUGAAUGGCUCACCAAGGAUUCAGCCCACACGGCACCCAUCCAGGCAGCUGCUUAUACUAGAGUGUGACUAUUAAUGGUGCCUUUAUGUAUGUAACUCCACACAUAUUGAUAUUGUUAUGUAUUGAAGGAGUGCAUGCUACAACCUAGUAGUCUAAGAGGCUUUUGGUGUAAGCCCCAAAGCCCAGUUUGUGUUCUGGAAGCUGACAUUAGGAAACCAUGAGCUACCCCUCUAACAAAAGACUUGUUUUAUAUUUAGGACACUGACACUCCAUUUUAUUUUAUAGAAAUUAUUUUACAUAGAAUUUAAUAUUUAUGUAACUAGAGUGCUUGAUCACUAGAAAGUGGUUUUAAUGUAAAGAUAUAUCCGAAUGGCAUAUUUAACAAGCCCUGCUUUUGAUCCUGCGGCUGUCUAGAUUUAUUCACAAAUGCAGAUCUCUCCUGCAGUGCCACCUGCCAGUGGAAUCUAGUACUACAGCACAGCCAUUAAGAUAACUACCAAGCUGCAUUGUGCCUGAAUAUGGUGGGAGAUUUCUCCAUUCUGCUAUAGUAAAGGGAAUUGAUGGGAAAAGAUUUAAAAGUUUUACUUUUUUCAUCUGAGCCUCACGUGCAUCACCACUACUGCAUUUUAAUAUUUACAUGACUAGAACAUAAACAGUUUUUGAUCCUAUUUAAAAUAUGACAGUAAUGUACAUUCCCAACAACUUAAAAAUAUAGACAAAGGAAUAGUCCACAUCAUUCUAAUAAGAUAUUCCUACAAAAGGGGACAGACAAACAGGAGAAGGAAUUAAUCAACUUCAAACAUACUCCAAAUGCAAAUAAUUCAGUUAAUAAAGGAAUUCCCUAGCUCAGAAUGAUGGACUGCCCUUACCAUCAACACUUAAAAAAACAAAAAAAAAAACGUUUUGAAUUAAAAAAAAUAA